UCCUCCUCAGUAGACCUUCUCUUCUACUCUAUCUAUCUCCCUCUAUAGAAUGAGAGUUUUAGGGCUUAGGAAAAGUUUCACUGAAUUUGGCGCCAACAGUAACAAUAUCAUUACAAGAUACUGGCGGAGAUCUUUGUCUUCCUGUAAUUCCACAUCCGAUGGCUUUGGUGGACAAGAUUCGAUCUUGCCGGUACUCAUCAUCGGCGCCGGUCCUGUUGGGCUCGUGCUUUCCAUCCUUCUUACAAAAUUGGGAGUCAAGUGUGCAAUUAUGGAGAAAAGCAAAGUCUUUUCGACGCAUCCUCAAGCACAUUUCAUCAAUAACCGGACAAUGGAGGUGUUUCGCAAAUUGGACGGAUUAGAAGAGGAAAUUCAAAUCGCCCAACCGCCAGUAGACUUAUGGAGAAAAUUCAUCUAUUGCACUUCACUCACAGGCCCCAUCAUUGGUUCUGUAGAUCAUAUGCAACCUCAAGAUUUCGACAGAAUUAUCAGCCCAACUUCUGUUGCACAUUUCUCACAAUAUAAAUUGAAUACUUUACUCACAAAGAAGUUGGACAAACUCAACUUCCACGCUCAUACAGAUAUUGACAACAGUUCUGUUAUAGAAAGAGUGAUCUUAAUGGGGCAUGAAUGUUUAUCAAUUGACGAUACUAACAGUUACUUGAGAGUGACUGCAUCUUUUCUCGAUAAAGGUCAGUGCAAGCAGAGAACUCUGAAGUGUGGUGUUCUAGUAGGUGCUGACGGUUCUGCAAGCACUAUAAGGAAGCUUGCAGGAAUUGAAAUGAAGGGAGAAAAAGAUUUACAGAAGCUUGUUAGUGUUCAUUUUAUAAGCCGAGACCUUGGACAUUACUUGCUUAAAGAGCGUCCGGGUAUGCUUUUUUUCAUUUUCAAUACCGAGGCUAUAGGUGUUCUUGUUGCUCACGAUCUCAAAGAAGGGGAAUUUAUAUUACAGAUCCCAUUUUAUCCACCUCAACAGAAGCUUGAAGAUUUUGGCCCUGAGACUUGUGAAAGGUUAAUCUUCAAAUUGGUUGGCCGAGAGCUUGCAGACAUAAAUGUGAUUGAGAUAAAGCCAUGGGUGAUGCAUGCUGAAGUUGCUGAGAAGUUUGUAACUUAUGAUAACAAGGUAGUUCUUGCUGGCGAUGCUGCUCAUCGCUUUCCUCCUGCUGGUGGUUUCGGAAUGAAUACUGGCAUCCAGGAUGCCCACAAUCUUGCAUGGAAGUUGGCUUCAGUAGUGAAAGGCAUUUCUCCACGAACGAUCCUUCACACCUAUGAAACAGAACGUAGACCGAUUGCCAUUUCCAAUACAUCUCUUAGCAUCCAAAACUUUAGAGCAGCAAUGUCAAUUCCAACUGCUCUUGGCCUUGAUCCAUCAGUAGCAAACUCAGUGCAUAGUGUUAUUAAUCGGGGAAUUGGUUCUGUAUUGCCAUCUGGGCUUCAAAGAGCCAUUUUAGAAGGAGUCUUCACCAUGGGACGUGCACAAGUCUCUGAACUGGUUUUGAAUGAAAACAACCCACUUGGAUCUCUCAGGCUAGCAAGAGCAAGACAGAUUUUGGAAGAAGGGAAAAGUCUACAACUUCAGUUCCCAGCUGAAGAUCUUGGUUUCAGAUAUUAUGAAGGCGCUCUUGUUCCCGAAACUGAUAGUCUUAUUGAUGAGAUGGAAGUACCUUCUGGUCGUAGAAGAGAUUAUGUUCCUUCUGCAGCUCCGGGUGCAAAGUUGCCUCACAUGAAUGUGAGACGUCUAAGAAGUGACAAGGGAAGCCUGGAAAUGUUGUCUACACUGGAUUUGGUUUCAGAAGAUGAACUCGAGUUCCUUCUCGUAAUAGCACCAGUGGAUGAAUCUUAUGUUGUUGCUCGAUCUGUGUAUAAGGUUGCUGAAGAAUUUAAAGUCUCGGUCAAACUUUGUGUAAUUUGGCCAUUCGAUGGGGUUAAAGAAGGGGGAAGCAAUGGUGUACUUGAACCUUGGAAGAACUUCAUAGAUGUUGUGGAAGUGAGACCGUCAUCAUCAUCUACUUUCUUGUCAUGGUGGGAUUUGUGUGGGAUGACUGAUAAGGGAGUUAUCUUGGUCAGACCAGACCAACAUAUCGCUUGGAGGGUGAAAUCGAGCCUUCUCGAUGAUCCCAAUCUAGUUAUGAGAAAUGUUUUCUCUUCUGUGAUUGGAAUAAUUAGGACAUAAAUGUGCUCUUUAGAACGUGUAAAACACUAAUCUGAUAUGAUUUCUCUCUAAUUUAUUACUUAUUUCUUUUUCAAGCAUAAAUAUUUUUGUCUAUACA